UAACUUAAAUGAAAAUGAUAACUCUUUUUAAUGGAAGUUAGUUUUAAAAAAUCACGAGAAAGUUUUUUAAUGAAGAUAUUGGAGUUUGGACUUUUAUAACAUGAUGGGGUGUGUUAUUGUUAAUGCGUACAAGAAGUUAUGGCAUUUUCUCCGUACUUACAUCCUGACGGUGGCACGCUUCGAUCUGUUCCUACAGGGGGCGCUACUGAUCGUGGUACUGUUGGAGACUAACGUCUACCUGCUGCUGCGAAGAAAUGCAGGCACUGGCUUCCUACGCUCAAUCAACGAAGAUUGGGUAAAACUAGGAACAGCAGGAGCGGAAUUCCUCCUGGGCGCGGCGCUGGGCUGGUGGGGGAGGUCCUGGAGAAAUCUGGCGCUCUCUGGAUGUCUCGGCAUCACAGCUGCCUCGGGAUUGGUUGUGCUUGCCUUUCCCUAUGAGGAAUCACAUCCUUUAGCAGUGGAGCUAUGCGGCGGAGGUACAAUUUCAGCGUACAGAUCUUUGACAUCAGGCGAGGACUUAUACAUGUCUGCACGCACGGCUUUCCUAGUACUAACGGCAGUGCUGUGUGCCCUGACUAAGAUCAGCGUGUGGGCGCAUGGUCUAACCUACCUGGAUGAUCACGAACCCCAGAACGGACCCUACUUCUAUGGUAUAUUGAUCUCCAUCCGUCUAUCUCUGGGCCUGAACGGGCAGAGUUGGCUGCGGCCCGGCGCGGUGGAGGCAGACUGGUGGCACGCACACAUCUCCCUCUGCAUGCUUACUCUCAUGUUCUCCGUACUCUUCACUCUCUUCCCCAAGAGAAUGCCGCAGUUCAAGGAGAUUGAGAAUCAUGAUACUGAAUUCCUGUCGUCGCUCCGUCGAGUUCUCUGCAACCGUUCCUUAAUGCAGCAGACGUUCGCGCUGUCGUUGCUAUACGCCGGUCUUUUCGGCUUCAUCAGUUAUGACACGGAAUUUGUGCAAGCUCGCUACCACAUCGAGAGUCUGCGCAACGACCCUCGCACCAGCCGCGCCAUCAAUGACAUAUUCAGAUCUCUUGUUAUCAUCUUCUUUGUCACUGUAUUUAGGUUCCGUUUUUCCAGUCGUCGUAGUGACGGCGUGAAGGCCACCACUGCGUCGCGUGUGGGCGGCGUGGUGGCGUUGUUUGUGUGCGCGUUCUUUUCCGUGGUGGCAGCGCUGGGCUGCGGCGUCGGGGGAGGGGACAUCGCCGGCUUGGAUGAUGUGUACACACAGCCGGAUUGCAGUGCGCAUUGCGGCUGUAACACUGCAAACUACGGCUUCAGUCCUGUGUGCGCGGUGGACGCGCACACCACGUACUUCUCGCCGUGUGACGCAGGCUGCGAACAGUACGAAGAUCUAAAUGGAUUCGUAUUAUUCGAGAACUGCACGUGCGGCUUGCAGCGAGCAAUCCGCGGCAGCUGCAGCGUGGCGAGCUGUCAGUCCACUUACUCUUUCUAUCUCCUAUUCUUCGCCCUCACGCUGGCAGCCGCUGGAGCAUCUAUAACAAUGCAAGGCAUGGUUGUACUGAGGUCGGUGCGACGCCGCGACAAGCCACUGGCGCUUGGCGUCUCCUCUGCCAUUAUAGGCCUGCUGGCGCAUCUUCUAGGUCACCUCUUCUACAUGCUGAUAAGUUAUUUAACAUGCGCGUACACAGAGAAUGGCGUGUGCAUAUUCCACCAUCCGACAAUAUGGUGGAUGGCGGCAACUAGCGCCAUCUUGUGCGUACUGUCAGCAGUUGUCAGUCUUCUUACGAGCAGAAUCCCGCCUAUUCCUGGAGUCUUUUUGACAGAGGAUCAUAAUGGAAGCUGACAAUAAAAUUUUAUUUAUAU